GGAUGCUUUUAGUCACUCAAACAAGUGAGAGCAUGCUUCCAAAGGGAACACUCGUCUCUCUCUCUCUCUCCCCAUCGGAUAGACGGAAAGAAGCAGCAGCAGCAGCAUUGUCAAGCGAUGGACAUACCAUUUCCUGCUGCCCUCAGACUGAAAUCCCUCAACCUAGCAGCAGCAGCAGCAAAUCCUUAUCAUUUUCGAUCCAAACUCUCUCUUUUUCGUCAACUUCACUUCAAACCCACCUCACCUUUUCCCUCCAUUUCCUCCCCUCCCCACCUUCUCCCCCUUUCCUCUUCUCUCGCUACUAAUGGUUCUGUUGCUGCUGAAAAUGAGAUAAGCAGUAAAGAAGGUAGUUUGCCACAGGGUGUGGGAGAAGGGGUUAAUCAAGCAUCGCAUUCCAAGAUUCUUCAGGUUGUGCUUGUUUCACCUCAGAUUCCAGGAAACACUGGCUGCAUUGCUAGAACAUGUGCAGCAUCAGCUGUUGGACUACACUUAGUUGGGCCAUUAGGAUAUAAGGUGGAUGAUACCAAACUAAAGCGAGCUGGAUUGGACUACUGGCCAUAUGUGGUUGUUAAAAUUCACGAUUCUUGGGAAGGUUUUCGUGAUUAUUUUUUGCAACAGGAGGGUGAAAAGAGGUUGCUAGCAUUUACAAAGAGGGGAACAAAAAUUCACUCUGACUUUUCAUACAGAAAAGGCGAUUAUCUUUUAUUUGGUGCUGAAACUACUGGUCUUCCACCUGAAGCGUUGUUAGAUUGCAAAACUGAACCAUUUGGUGGUGGAACUAUCAAGAUCCCAAUGGUUGAAACAUAUGUCAGGUGUUUGAAUCUAUCAGUAAGUGUUGGCAUAGCUUUAUAUGAAGCUUCUAGACAACUAAACUAUGAAUCACUUCAGAUACCUUCAGAAACAUGUAUUGAUACUGAGGAGGAAUCCUUCAUUACUGAAGACAUUUUUGGCUGAUCAUUAUAUAAUUUCAUUUCAUUUCAAUAUAGAGAACAUUCUCUUGGCUUUUUUCUUAAUUGAUUAUGCUUGUCAUGAC